CGAGACUGAUUAAACACAAUGUGUGUGGGAACACACAUGAAAAACUUUGCAGGAAUGAGGCUCUUCAGGACCAGGAAUGAGGAAGCUGCUUUACAGACGCACCUGUUUUGCACACGUCACUCAAACACAAAACCAGGAAAAAGGAAUCGCCUGAGUUCAGAGAAAGAGAAACUCAAGUGUAGUUGAGCUGUUGUGUGUUUGUGUCUCUGUGUUCAUGCAGUAAAAUGGCAGAAGCCAGAUUUUCUCAGGAUGAGUUUAUGUGUUCAGUGUGUCUGGAUCUCCUGAAGGAUCCAGUGACCACUUCUUGUGGACACAGUUACUGUAAGAUCUGUAUUACAGGCUGCUGGGAUCAGGAGGAUCAGAUGAGAGUCUACAGCUGCCCUCAGUGCAGACAGACCUUCAGUCCAAGACCUGCUUUAGCUAAAAACACCAUUCUGGCUGAACUGGUGGAGAAACUGAAGAAGACUAAACUUACUGCUGACUGUUACGCUGGAGCUGGAGAUGUGCAGUGUGAUGUCUGUACUGGAAGAAAACACAAAUCUGUCAAGUCCUGUCUUGUGUGUCUGGAGUCUUACUGUCAGAAUCACCUUGAACAACAUGAGAGUUGGUUUAGAGGAAAGAGACACAAUCUGACUGAAGCCACUGGACGACUGCAGGAGAUGAUCUGCCAGAAACACAACAAGAUCCUUGAGGUUUUCUGCCGCACCGAUCAGAAUUGUAUAUGUGUGCUGUGUAUGAUAGAUGAACAUAAAAACCAUGACACUGUAUCAGCUGCAGCACAGAGGACAGAGAAACAGCACCAGCUGAAGGAGACGCAGAGGUCAUUCCAGCAGAGGAUCCAGCAGAGAGAGGAAGAACUUCAGCAGCUGAGAGAGGCUGUGGAGUCUCAUAAGCGCUCUGCACAGACAGCAGUGGAGGACAGUGAGAGGAUCUUCACUGAGCUCAUCCGCUCCAUUGAGAGAAGCCGAUCUGAGGUCACACAGCGGAUCAGAGAUCAGGAAAAGACUGCAGUGAGUCGAGCUGAAGGACGACUGGAGCGACUGGAGCAGGAGAUCAAUGAUCUGAGGAGGAGAGACGCUGAGCUGGAGCAGCUUUCACACACACAGGAUCACAUCCAUUUCCUGCAGAGUUUCCAGUCUCUCUCAGCUCCUCCUGAAUCUACAGACGUAAAUGACGAUCCCUUCAGUUCUCUCUUCUCUUUUGAUGGCGUGAGAAAAUCUGUCCUUCAGCUGAGAGACAAACUGGAGGAUUUCUGCAAAGAGGAGCUGAAGAAGAUCUCUGACAGAGUCACUUUCACCAACAUUGUUCCCAGAACCAGGAACGACUUCCUACAAUAUUCCCAUCAGCUCAACCUGGAUCUGAACACAGUGAAUAAAUAUCUCCGUCUGUCUGAGAGGAACAGAGUGAUUACUGGCACCGGCAUUUUCACAGUCCAGUCGUAUCCUGAUCAUCCAGACAGAUUUGAUGGGUAUAAUCCUCAGGUGUUGUGUAGAGAGAGUGUGUGUGAUCAACGCUGUUACUGGGAGAUUGAGUGGAGUGUUGGUGUGCAUGAUGUGUCUAUAUCAGUGUCAUAUAAGAGCAUCAGCAGGAAGGGAUCAGGUAGUGAGUGUGGGUUUGGAUAUAAUGAUCAGUCCUGGAGUUUGUUCUGCUCUUCCUCCAGUUACUCAUUCAAACACAAUAAGAUACGGACUGAUCUCCCAGUAAAGUCCAUCAGCAGGAGAAUAGGAGUGUAUGUGGAUCACAGUGCAGGAACUCUGUCCUUCUACAGCGUCUCUGGAGACACAAUGAGCCUCAUCCACACAGUCCAGACCACAUUCACUCAACCGCUCUAUCCUGGGUUUAGGGUUGGUUCUGGAUCAACAGUGAAACUGUGUUGAUGAAUCAUAAUAGACUGUAGUGAGACUCUACCCAUAAUGCUUUGAGCUCAUGAUGAAUCAGUAACAGUGAGAUGUUAUAGAGUCUCUUAUUUUCUCUUCAUUAUAUUAAUAAGACAAUGGGUUACACUCCCUACACAUACCCAAGGUCACACUCUGGACUUAAUUCUGUCUCUUGGCCUGCUGAUAACUGACAAUGAAGUGAUUGAAUCUCUCAUAUCGGAUCACUUUCCUAUCAUAUUUAAAAUGUCUCUUCCUGCCAUCUCCAAUAAAGCAGUAUCUGACACAAGACAGACCCGUGUUUACUCACCACCAUUCUGCGAGGAUUUUACUAAGCUUUAUAAUGAAGCCAGCAUUUCUAUGUCACUUGAAUCCUCAUUAGCUGAACUAGAUGCUGAACAACAUUAUCAAGUUUUAAACACUGUAUGGCUGGAUGUCUUGAAUGUUGCUGCUCCUUUUAAGUCUUUUAAGCCAAAACCUAAAUCCGAGCCAUGGGUUGAUCAAAAUAUUCGCUCUCUAAGACAAUCAUGUAGGAAAGCUGAAAGAAAAUGGAAAAAGGACAAACUGCAAAUUUCGUUCGAUAUUCUUAAAAACUGUUUGACUUUGUAUCAGUGUGCUGUUAAGAAAGCCAAGUCUCUCUACUUCUCUAAUUUGAUUGACAAACACCACCACACUCCUAAAAUUCUUUUCUCUGUUAUAAAUUCAGUGUUAAAUCCUCCUGUAAACACUUUUCAAAAUCCUACCUCUACACUCUGUGAAGGUUUCUUGAGACAUUUUAGUGACAAAGCGAUGAGUCUGAGGGCCCAGAUACAAGCAACUGAUCAUGAAAUCUUGACGCUUGGAAACCCACCUGCCUUUUGGACUACUUUUAAUGCUGUCUCUCUACAAUCAGUUAAGGAAGUAAUUCUAAAACUUAAACCUUCCCUAUGUCCCUUUGAUACAAUACACCCUCGUUAUUUGAAGCAAUUGAUUGACAUUAUUGGACCAGGACUGGUGUCCCUGUUAAACAAAUAUCUGCAUUCAGGGUCUGUCCCAGACAGCUUAAAAAUGGCCAUGGUCACUCCAGUUUUAAAGAAACCUUCACUGGAUGCGUCUGUCUUAGCCAAUUUCCGGCCUAUAUCUGUUUUACCAUUCAUUUCUAAGGUGAUGGAAAAAAUUGUGUUUUUACAGCUCCAAUCCUUUUUAGCUAAUAAUCACAUUUAUGAGACAUUUCAGUCUGGGUUUAAAACAAUGCAAAGUACCGAAAAUGCCCUUGUUAGAGUCCUCAAUGACAUCCUAAUGGCUACUGAUUCAGGCGUUUCUGUUAUUUUAGUUAUGCUUGACCUGUCCUCAGCCUUCGAUACUGUUGAUCACGAGAUUCUUAGCCUGGAUGCCAGCCGAACUUAGCCCCGCCCACAACAUUUUUAGGUCGGGGAGU